GUGAAAGUGAAAGUGAAUAGUGUUUGUUCAGAGAAGAGAAGAUUGGAAACCAGAGGGAAAAGCUCCGAGAGAGCAGCAUCGCCAGUGUCCAUCUGUAUAUGGAGUAAAACCUCAGUGAUGGAGCCUCACCACUCCAGCAGUGGAGGAAGAACCUCUGAUUCAAAAGUGAAGCGUGCACAAUCUUCAGAGCCCAGCUGUGUGUCUGUGAAGAGGUUUCGCUCCAUUGAAAACCCUCCUGAAUUCAGCAGGAGAGGAGAACCCAGUUGUGUGUCUAUGAAAAGUGACCAGUCCAUGGGGCAGCCUCCUAUAUUCAGCAGUGGAGGAGGAGGAGAACCCAGCUGUGUGUCUAUGAAAAGUGACCAGUCCAUGGGGCAGCCUCCUAUAUUCAGCAGUGGAGGAGGAGGAGAACCCAGCUGUGUGUCUGUGAAAAGUGACCAGUCCAUGGGGCAGCCUCCUAUAUUCAGCAGUGGAGGAGGAGGAGAACCCAGUUGUGUGUCUGUGAAAAGUGACCAGUCCAUGGGGAAGCCUCCUAUAUUCAGCAGUGGAGGAGGAGGAGAACCCAGUUGUGUGUCUGUGAAAAGUGACCAGUCCAUGGGGAAGCCUCCUAUAUUCAGCAGUGGAGGAGGAAGAGAACCCAGUUGUGUGUCUGUGAAAAGUGACCAGUCCAUGGGGAAGCCUCCUAUAUUCAGCAGUGGAGGAGGAGGAGAACCCAGUUGUGUGUCUGUGAAAAGUGACCAGUCCAUGGGGCAGCCUCCUAUAUUCAGCAGUGGAGGAGGAGGAGAACCCAGUUGUGUGUCUGUGAAAAGUGACCAGUCCAUGGGGCAGCCUCCUAUAUUCAGCAGUGGAGGAGGAGGAGAACCCAGUUGUGUGUCUGUGAAAAGUGACCAGUCCAUGGGGAAGCCUCCUAUAUUCAGCAGUGGAGGAGGAGGAGAACCCAGCUGUGUGUCUGUGAAAAGUGACCAGUCCAUGUUAGAGCCAGCACAGUCCUGUGGAGGGAGAGGAACCUCUGGCUCAUGGCGGCGCUCCACAGAAACAGCAUUGCAGAUAAACACUCUGGCAGACAUUUACCAACCAGUGGAUGAUGUCUUUCACAGAGUCUUAGAGAGACACAAAACCAGCAUGAAGAACAAGUACGAGAGUUUAUUUGAGGGGAUCAAAACAGAACAGAAUAAAACCCUCCUGAACCGGAUUUACACACAGCUCUACAUCAUAGAGGGAGAGAGUGAAGGAGUGAAUGAAGAACAUGAGGUUUUACAGAUGGAGAAAACAUCCAGGAAACACCUACAAGACAUUCCAAUUAACUGCUUAGACAUCUUUAAACCUCUACAAGGUCCUGAAAGAGAAACACGAGAAGAGAACAUUAGAGCUGUGAAGGCUGACAAUCUCAGACACAAAGAAAGAAAAGAAGAUAACAGACCAAAAGAGCCAGAGCUCAGAACUGUUCUGACUAAAGGCAUUGCUGGAAUUGGAAAAACUGUCUCUGUGCAGAAAUUCAUUCUGGACUGGGCAGAAGGAAAAGCCAAUCACGAUGUCGAGUUCAUGUUUGUGCUUUCGUUCCGGGAGUUGAACCUGAUUAAAGAUGAUCAAUACAGUGUUCAUGGACUUCUGUGUGACUUCCAUCCUGAGCUCAAAGAUCUGGACCCAAAAAUGUAUCAUCAGCUCAAAGCUGUGUUUUUAUUUGAUGGUCUGGAUGAAAGUAGAAUUUCACUGGACUUUGAACAGUGUGAGAAAAUAUCUGACAUCACCAUGACAUCAUCAGUGGGUGUGUUGCUGACAAACCUUAUCAAAGGAGAGCUGCUUCCCUCUGCUCUGAUCUGGAUCACCUCCAGACCAGCAGCAGCCAAUCAGAUCCCUCCUAAAUUCGUCAACCGUGUGACAGAAAUUCAGGGAUUCAGUGACCCACAGAAGGAGGAGUACUUCAGGAAGAGAAUCAGUGACCAAGACCAAGCCAAGAAAAUCAUCUCACACAUUAAGGCAGUGAAGAGCUUCUACAUAAUGUGCCACAUUCCAGUCUUCUGCUGGAUCUCAGCCACUGUUCUUCAGCAAAUCAUGAAACAGAGUUAUACAGAAAUUCCUAAAACUCUGACUGAAAUGUACUCACACUUCCUGAUCACUCAGACCAACAUAAAGAAUGAGAAGUAUGAGGAGAAAGCUGAGGGAGACCCAAAGAACCUGCUGGAGUCCAACAGAACCAUUCUUCUGAAACUGGCUGAACUGGCUUUCAAACAGCUGAUGAAGGGCAAUGUGAUGUUCUAUGAGGAGGACCUGAAAGAGAGCAGCAUUGAGGUCACUGAGGCCUCAGUGUAUUCUGGGAUUUUCACUGAGAUCUUUAGGGAAGAAUGUGUGCUUUACCAGAGGAAGGUCUACUGCUUUGUUCAUCUGAGCGUUCAGGAGUUCCUGGCUGCUGUUUAUGUGUUUCUUUGCUAUGAGGUCAAGAACAUGGAGGAACUGCAGAUAUUUAAACUACUAAACAGAGAGAGGUCUGAGAAUGUUUCUCUGGAUGAGGUGCUAGAAGGAGCAGUGAAUGAAGCAGUAAGGAGCCAGAAUGGUCAUCUGGAUCUUUUCCUCCGUUUCCUGGUGGGCAUCUCACUGGAGUCCAAUCACAGACUCCUACAGGGUCUCUUGACAUCAACACAGAUCAGCUCAGAGAGAACCAGAAAGUACAUCAAGAGAUUAAUCAAAGGAGAAGAUCAACAAUAUCCCAUCUCCACUGACAGAUCCAUUAAUCUGUUCCUCUGUCUGUCUGAAAUGAAUGAUCAGUCUCUCUCCAGAGAGAUUCAAAAGUUUCUAAAAUCAGAGAAACACUCAGACGAGAAGCUUUCUCCUGGACAGUGUUCAGCACUUGCCUGCAUGCUCCUCACCUCAGAGGAGGUUCUGGAUGAGCUAGAUCUGAAGAAAUACAACACAUCAAAGGAGGGUUAUAGGAGACUGAUCCCAGCUCUAACUGUCUGCAGAAAAGCUUGUCUAAAUUGUUGUUACAUCACCAAGGACUGCUGUGACACACUCUGUGCAACUCUACAAUCUGUAAACUGUCCUGUGAAAGAGCUGGACCUUAGUAACAAUGACUUGCAGGACUCAGGAGUGGAGCUGCUCUCUGCUGGACUGAAGAGUUUACACUGUAAAUUGGAGAUACUGAGACUAACAAGCUGUAGUCUCAACAUGAACUCCGGGGAAACUAUAUCAUCAGUUCUACAAUCGGUAAACUCUUCUCUGAAAGAGCUAGACCUCAGUAACAAUGACCUGCAGGAUUCAGGAGUGGAGCUGCUCUCGACUGGACUAAAGAACUCACACUGUAAACUGGUGAAACUCAGACUGUACAACUGUAGUCUUGGUAGGACAGCUUGCGAAAAUCUGGGAUCAGCUCUACAAUCAGCAAACGUCUCCCUGAAAGAGCUGGAUCUCAGCAACAAUGACUUGCAGGAUUCAGGAGUGCAGCCUCUAUGUGUUGGACUGAAGAAUUCAUAUUGCAAACUGGAGACACUCAGACUGUCUGGCUGUAUGGUUACAGAUGAAGGCUGUUCUUUCCUGGCUUCAGCUCUGAAAUCAAACCCUUCCCAUCUGAGAGAACUGGAUCUGACCUAUAAUCACCCAGGAGAGUCUGGAGUGAAGCCACUCUCUGAUCUACUGGAGGAUCCACAAUGCACACUGACGAAACUACAGGUGGAUCAUGGAGGGAAGAUCAGGAUGAAACCAGGACCACAGAAAUAUGUGUGUGAUCUCACUCUGGAUCCAAACGCAGUGAGCAGUCGUCUCUCUCUGUCUGAGAGGAACAGAAAGGUGGAGUCCAUGAGAGAAGGCCAGCGUCAUCCGGAUCAUCCAGACAGAUUUGAAACGUAUCCUCAGGUUCUGAGUGUGGAGAGUCUGACUGGACGCUGUUACUGGGAGGUUCAGUGGAGCGGAAAUGGAGUUGAUAUAUCAGUAUCAUACAGAGGAAUCAGGAAGAAAGGAAAGAGUAUAGACUGUGUGUUUGGAUACAAUAAUCAGUCCUGGAGUCUGAUCUGCUAUAAUAACAAUUACACUGUCAGACACAAUAAUCAGAGAACUGACCUACCUGCCCCCACCUCCCCCUCUAACAGAGUAGGAGUGUUUCUGGACUGGAUGUCCGGCACUCUGUCCUUCUACAUCAUCUCACCCACACACACACUGACCCACCUACACACAUUCACCACCACAUUCACUGAACCGCUCUACGCUGGAUUCUGGAUUUAUCCUGAUUCCUCAUUGAGUCUGUGUGAGAUAGAAUAACCUCUGUGCACAGAGAGAGACAGAGAUAGAGAUACACUAUGGACAAAAGUAUUGGGACAUUGGAGUGGAGGUCAGGGCUCUGUGAGGGCCAGUCAAGUUCCUCUUCCUGUA